AUGCAGAAAAACUUGACGAAUAGUAACUCCCAACAUCGGAUUCCUCGUAUUAUACAUCAAACAUGGAAAAAUACGAAUAUACCAGCACGAUGGAACCUCAGUGUUAAAAGUGUACGCGAAUUAAAUGCUGAUAAAUUUGAGUAUCGUCUGUGGACAGAUGAAGAUAUGUAUGAAUUUGUUCGGGAAAAGGAACCAUAUUUGUACAUAAACACUUUUCUUACUUAUUCAUAUGAUAUUCAACGAGUCGAUGCGUUUCGUUAUGUCUUGUUAUAUUAUUUCGGUGGUGUCUACGUUGACAUGGACGCUGGCUGUUCGAGACCGUUGGAUAUUUUGUUAGAUACAUUGGAAGCGCUUGAUCCACAAGCCCAACAUCUUGCUGCUUUUCCGGCAACCAAACCUAGUGGACUUUCAAAUGAUUUUAUGAUUUCGACGAAGGGUCAUCCAUUGUUCAGUCAACUUAUUUCACGUCUUUCUCUUUUCAAUCAUAACUUUAUAGUGUAUUAUCUUACUGUCAUGCUCAGUGCAGGUCCUCUCUAUGUGACUUUCAAUGAACAUCUUUUCGGUAGAUCAUCAGAAACAGUAUCAGUGCGCAUCAUUGAAGACAAAGCCUACUCUCCUCUAUUACUUUGGUUUGCAGGAGGCGAUUCUUGGCAUGGACGAGAUGCUCGAAUAAUUAAAAGUAUUUACAAUUUUUGGAGUACUCUUCAUCCUGUCGCGCUAAAAUAA